AUGGCAAGAAAGAAGGUGAAGCUUGCAUGGAUAGUGAAUGACAGUGCCAGGAGAACCAGCCUCAAGAAAAGGAGGUUAGGCUUGUUGAAGAAAGUGAGUGAGCUGACCACUCUAUGCGGUAUCAAUGCUUGUGUCAUCAUCUAUAGCCCGGACGAAACAGAGCCAGUGGUGUGGCCGUCACACGACGUGGUGGAACAACAGCUUGCACGGUUCCAAAGCAUGCCCGAGUUGGAGCGGCAGAAGAAAAUGAUGAACCAAGAAACCUACCUCAGAGAAAAGGUUACGAAGGCGCAAGAACAACUGACGAAGUGCCAAAGGAGGAACAAGGAAAUUCAGAUGACCCAUUUCAUGCAUCAAAUCACUGAAGGCAAGGGACUUAAUGAACUUAACCUCAGUGAACUGCAGGGGCUGACUUGGUUUGUGGAAGAGAAAAUCAAGGAGAUCAGAAAACGGUUUGAGUUUUCCCAACAAGUUUCUUUUGCACCUGCAGGCGCCCCUCCUCAUCCACAUCUUCCUCUUCCUCCCCAGGGCCCUGCAGUGAAUGAAACGGCCCGAAUUGGCUGCGGUAGCGCCUGCCAUGGUGGAGAUGGGAGGACUUCCAUCGAGCCCUUGUUGUGGGACCAAUGGUUCAUCGAUAUGAUGAACCGGAAUGAACUCAAAUCUGCAGGCAGCAGUUGCAUAAGGAGUGAUACGGGCUUACCAUAUCACCCAUUUGCUGGGAUUGCUGCAGAUGAUCCGGGACUACCAAGACACUCAUUUGCUGCCGGCUCCAGUGGUUCAGCUGACAUGGGGCUGCCGCAUAUGAGUUUUAGACAUCAGGGUGCAGGAGCAGGUGACAUGUGGUUGUCUCGUGGGAGGAGCGUCGGUCGCAGCAGUUUUGUCCCUUUCGGGAUUGACAUAGGGCUGGGACUGCGCCCUUCCGGUGGAGAGGUAGAAAGUAGCCCUGCCAGGAGUAAUUUAGGGCUGCCGCCUCUCCUGCGUUUUGAAGGCAGCAGCAGCGGCGUUGGCAGCGAUAUCGGACUGCCAUUUGAUGGGAAAACCUGGCCAAACAACUUCUCUCCCUGA